AUGCCCAAACUUCUUCGUCUCAUCACCCCGCUCGCUGAUGCCGGAAUAAUUCGCGUCAGCCCCUAUCAGAGUUGCAUCGAUUCGGCCGGGGCAGGGAAAAGCACCUCCCGACCACGGGUUCAGCGGCCGCCGGAAUUCGGAAGCGAUUUACGGUCACGCUACCUGCGCUCGCGGUCGAGAAGACACCCACCAAGCGGUCGCCCCGAGGCCUUGGCUCGCCCACCAUGUGCACUUUCCCCCUCGCCCGGCGUCCGCGCACUGCAGACCCACUUUCGGCGCGCCCUGAGCGGAGUCAUC